AUGCAUAACAUUAUCCUCAUCCUUCGCGGCAUCCAGGCCCUUCUGGCCGUUGUUACUCUGGGGCUGAUCGCAUACUUUGUUAACUGGGUCCGCGAAAGAAUUGUAUUCGGAAGCCUCGACAGUGCCAACUUCUUACUUUUCGACAGCAUCUGGACACUCUUCAUCGCCUUGCCAUUCAUCGUCUUCUCGCCCAAAUUCUUCCCAGCGCUCGCUCACCAGUAUGCGCUUCUCGGUGUUGAGGCAGCCACUGUUCUUUUCUGGUUCUCUGCCUUCAUUUCCCUGGCUGUCGAUACCAGUAAUAUUGGAGAGUGUACAGUAUGCAGCGUGGUCAAGGCUGCUAUAGCUUUUGGUGCUUUCGAAUGGGCGGCUUUCGUUGCUACGUUCGUACUCAACGUGAUGCCUAUGAUUAACAACCGAAACAAAGGGUCCUCCGGAGGCCAAGAGCAACCUGCAGUCUAG